GUGAGGCAAGGGUUUGGCCGCUGAGGGGAGUGCUGCUUGGGGAGUGAGGGUGGGUGCGUUCCCUCAGCAACAGGGAAGAUGGCAGCUCUCACAUCUCUCACCCAGGUAAAGAUGCGGCUAUUUACAAAUCCACACCUUAACUGAGGACAGAGCUAUUGACAAGGAUGGUACAACGUGUCUCAUUCAUGAAGCUGUAUUUUCGUUUUUCUUUGAGCAAAACUUGAGCUCGCUCUGAAAUAAAGCUGGGAAUACAGCCAUCGAAUAAGGCCUGUUUCAGUACCGUUACAUAGCGGGCUUGUUAGCCACAGCUGGUACUAGCUAACCUAGCCGUGUAGCAUUUACCCUAGGAUAUAUUACACUGUAAAGUUUCUUUAUUACAUAUUUUAUGACGUUAUGCAUAAUGGGCGCUGUAAACAGGACUGGGACAAUGUAGUCGGUGCACGUUAGUACAGUGUAUUAAAGCAUUUAGAUACUACGAUAACGUUUAGUCCCUAAGCUAGCAGUGUUUAGCUAGCCUAGCCUUGAUGCAAAGUAGACGGGGAAGCGAUGAACUGGCUUGUGAAGCUAGAGGGCGAGCGAAACAGUAGGCUAACCUGAACGAAAUUGAGCCGUGUUCGUAUUAAAAUAUGUCAAGGCUGACUAAUAUUCAUGUUUACUGUCGGGAAAAUGAAGGUUAAGGCUGAUAGACACCCAGAGGAGCGAUGUUUGUGCCUGCAGCGGCUGCGCAUCAGUCAUGAUCAGGCAAUUCAGAUGAUUUGUGUGGUUUGUGUUUGUGACAGUGCAGCAAGGCUUGGAUGCUGUUUCAUUUCAAUCAUAAAACUGUGCUUAACGAGUAUUUAAAUACGCAUGACUUGCAUAGAUAGAUAGAUAUUAGAGUCAAACCAGAAUUGUUGUUUCAUCUGGUUGAUUUAUGCUGUAAGGUCAACUCUGAGGUGAAUAACAGGAUUCAUUGCUGACCUGAUCUCACUACUUUUACAUGGAGGAUCUUCGCCUGUUUAGAGACGAUCAUGCGGUUAAUUCAGUGCAAUGAUAUGUUCUCUCUGUCACAGUUGUCAAGCGGGAACCCUGUGUAUGAGAACUUUUACAGACAGGUAAGAUUAUGGGUAAAAGAGUAACUCCAGUUUAUUCAUACAAAAUAUGAGGUAUGCUGUCCCAUGUCUGUGGGGAUCUUCAUUUCCUUCAAAUAAGGGAUAAAACCUGUUUAAUAUGCCAUAAAGCUCAACUUGAGAAAUAGCAAGUGGGUGUUCUGCUUCCAGGUUGAUCCUGGGAAUACAGGGAGAGUGGGACCAACAGAAGCUGCCUUGUUCUUAAAAAAGUCGGGACUCCCUGAUAUUACACUGGGAAAGGUAGGUUGUGGUUAAAGUUUUCACCUCCAGUAUGUGGUGCGUCUGUAGUGUUAUGAAACACAAAAUUGUAGAGUUGUGUUUUGGCCAUAUGGCAGUCGGCUUGCUGUGUGACUUACAUUGUAAAUGGACGGGAUUUCUGCUUUUAACGUGAUAACCUGUGAAGCAGCUUUAAGGUAUUUCAAGAUAUUAAUAUCAAAGCUGUGUUUACAUCUAUUUUGCUCAUAACACAAUUUAAAGAGUGUUAAGAUUGUAAGAUGUUUGCGUGCCAAGUGCUAAUAAAUGCAGUCGGCAAUGUACAGAAUUAGUUUGGUUGUUAUUAGAGUUGAAACUUGUGUUACAUGGACACAUCCUCAAAUCGCCAUUACUUUAAAAUGUUGUCCUUUAUCUUAACUCAUAUGCAUAGACUGUAAAUAAACUUGUAGAGAGAAAAAAUCUAAUUUUUUUAAGAGACAUGCAUACACUGUGGAUAAGAACAGUUUUGUGGUAAAUGACAUGGUGGUGUUUGAGAAGAACUCUCCAACUCCUUUAGAGGAGGAUCGUCUGUUUAUCUACGUAAACAUUCUCUCCUGCCUUAUUGUGUAUUCACUAUAUUGUGGAAGAGAGGUUAGACUUUCUUUGUUAACGUUGUAAAAAGUUUCUAUAAAGAACCCCGCAACAUUUAAGAGUUAACUAAAAGACUCUUGAAUAUCUUAUUGAGAUGGUUUUGAAGUCAGUAGGUGUAGCAUGAAUGUUUUAAAGUUAUCUAAAAGGCAGUGUUUUAUUUUAUGGGUUUGAAUGCCAGUCCCACUCUUUCACUUCUCCCUGUAAAGUUUUCAAAAUGUCUGAGAUAGCCUCCCACUACUGAGUCUGUUAGUGUUAGAUUGUGAUGGGUUCGACUGCAUAUUAUUUUGGAAACACACAUCCAUAACUUUGGGUUUCAUUCAACUUUUGGGUUGAGUGAUAACCUCAGAUAUUUUGUGGGUGUAAUUAUUCAUAUUUUAAUCAGAGCUGACCUGUCAGGCAUGUUUCCUGAUUAUGUUAGCAGGUAGGAGCAAAAAGUCAACCCUCCCACAUCACUUCACUUUUUGUGUCACUGCUGUGCUUAGUUAUGGAAAUAGCUGAAAUGCAGCUUUGGUCACUGAGCUUCACUGUCCUUUAGUUGUAAAAAGCUAAAACUGCAGCUGAACUGGAACUUAACAUGGAGAGGUGUCUGUUUGUAUUCUUUCAUUUCUAGUUAGGUAUGUACGUACCAGUAAAAUAACAAUUUGAAUGUGCUCUUACAGCUUUGGAUUUUCAGCUCUGUUUUACACCAAUUUGGACACAUCUACAUUGCAAAAUAGUUUUAAAAUCUCUCCAGUCGGUUUUCUGCAGCUAUAGGCACUAGUUACUGUUGCUGUGGUUGCUCUAGGGAGAGUAUAAAUAGAUUAUUGUAGAUGCAGUCACUGUGAUAUUAUUGCCAUGACCUGAGGAGACAGUUCAUCAGAGUACACAACCCUGUUUAGGGAUUCUUUUUUUACGAAUCUGUUUCAAGAAAAAAAAAUUACAUAAAUCUUGAAAAUAAAAAUUCAGACCCCUCUUAGUGUUUAGUUGCAGUAUUAUGGACCUAUUUUGGCAACUGAACUGGCAUUUUACUCCAUUUCAGACAAUUUAGAAAGUUUUUAACACAGAACUCAAACUAUUACCAGUAUCAAAAUAAAUGUAUAAUUAUUAUGUGGUUUGUAUUCAGCAUUGAUACUUUAAUGUAGAUGCAAAUUCUGUAAAUUAUGAUAGGAUCAUGAGCAUUUCAGAACAACUAGGGUUUCAGUUUAAAAUGUGACCCUGUUCACUGGAAAGUGUUAGCCCCACAUUGUGUCAGUGGUUGUCAUUGUUAUAACAGCUGUUUAAGCACAGAGGGGGUUCCUGCAAAUGGAUCGUUGUUUGUUUUGAUUAAUCCUAAUGUAAGAUUAAAAUAAUCAAGAAUACAAACUGUGUCCAACCUUGGUUUAAUCAGAGUUUCACUGUAAAUAAGUAAUAUUUACUAAUUUUAAACUGAAUUGCCACAGUGUGUAGUUGUUUCAAGCCUUUGCUACAACUACAUAACAGGAGCAAUACAAUGAAGACUUAAUAAUGAGCAGUGAGUAAUAAGUGAAAGUUAAAAUUAUGGUAAGGACUUGGCUUACUGACUCAUUUAUCAUGACCCAGGUGUUCACCAUUUGUCACAAUCAGUUUGUAGAAGUAGCAAUUGCAAUAUUCGGAGGUUACAAAGUUUGACAAACUAUUAUAGCCUGCCGGACUCUACUGCCAAAAUAUGUGUACACUCACUGUAUGUCAUCAUUAUUUGCAAAUGGUAAAAAGGUCCAUUGGCCUUUCUCCUCUAAGGUCAGAGGUCGUAUCUAUCAGGGUACCCCUCUUAACAUGUAUUGUUAGAUAGGGAGAGUGAGGUUGUUAGCUCCAUAAACAAAUGAUAAAUAACAGAGGUUUACCACCUUGAAUCUAAAACCUAAUUCCUCUCAUGACAAUUCUUUGAUAGUUGUUCACCGACUGAAUUGGUUUGUUUGGAAAUAAUAAUUGAAAUUAGCUGUUCAACAGUUACAAUUCUGGGAACAAACUCAAGAUACGAUCAGUCAUCAUAACACAUCAUUUUCUUCGCAUGAAAAAAGAGGCCAAUAAACAUUUAAGAAACCAAGGAAAACAAAAUUUGGAAUGAGGAAACUGUUUUUUUGAAUGUGAGUAAUUGAGGAGUCUGUGCUGCUGUUUGUGUGUUGUGUUUCAGAUCUGGGAUUUGGCAGAUCCUGAUGGAAAAGGCUAUCUGGACAAACAGGUAAGGAACAGUCUCAUGACUGUAUUUUCUUGUCUUUGUUGACAGAGACAAAAUUGAUUAAAAAAAAUACAGUAACACAGUUUAGACUACAUUUAAAAGCAGUUAAAGGGAAAACAGUGCUAAUGUUUAAGAUAAAAUAUCCUACACUUUUCCUGCAAACUCGUUUUAGUUUUUACAUCCACUGGUGCUGUACAAUAAUGAGUGUAAGUUUAACUAACAGACAUGUGAUACAGACCUCUGGAGACUGCAGGCCAGUAUACAGUGAUAUUAACUGAGAGGAAGAUACAAGUUUCUGAAAGACAGGAGGCUGAAACGCCAACGACACAGUUACACUGCAAUAAGUAAAGGGAUGAUCAAAAGAAAGUAAUUCUUUUAUCUAAUUAUUCUCUCUCAGGGUUUCUAUGUGGCUCUGCGGCUGGUGGCUUGUGCUCAGAGUGGCCAGGAAGUCAGCCUGUCCAGCCUCAACCUUACUAUUCCUCCCCCAAAGUUUGUGAGUAUGACUCCAUCUCUAAAAGCUCAAUCCAUCUACAUAUAUUUUGCAUUAAAACAAUUUUGUGACAGUUGUCUGUCGGUAUCUUUGCAGGAUCUCCAUUUAAUUUUUUUGAAAUCAAAUUGAUCCACAAUCCAAAUCAGUCAUUCACUUGUGAAACAAUCACGUGCCACAUUUUACAAGAUCUUAUCGCAAAAGCUGAGAGAGAGUGUUUAUAAUCUAACUUAAUUCAUGAUAUGACUGCGCUUUGACUGUUUUGUCUGCCUGUUUUGUCUGGUUUCAGAAGGACACCAGCAGUCCAUCUCUAAGCAGCACAGCUUCACUCCCCAAUGAAUUACAAUGGGCUGUCAGGGUUUGUUUCACCACAAGUUCCUAAUGAUUUCUGACUAUAAACUCCUUCUUUUAAAACUUUGAUGACAGCAUUGGUAAAUAAAAAAAAGAGACUGUCCACUCCACUCCAUCAAGUCAAAAGAUAGUCAGCCACUCAGUCUAACAUAUACAGAUUCAGCCUUUCCAAUAAUUCUAAUCUGUGUUUUCCUUUUUCAGCCUGAGGAGAAAAGUAAAUUUGAUGGAAUAUUUGAAAGUUUGGCUCCAGUCAAUGGCCUGCUGUCAGGAGAGAAGGUCAAACCAGUCCUGAUCAACUCAAAGCUACCUCUGGAUGUCCUUGGAAAGGUAGUGACUCAGCUUGUUGGUUUCUGACAUCAUGUCAGUUAUUGGAGAAGAAAGUACUGAAAAGCUUGAAAUAGAAUAUGCAAUCUUUUAAUCUGUAACCGAACAGUACUGAUGGCCUGAUCCUGUUUUUGUAUUAUCAGGUUUGGGACCUCAGUGACAUAGAUAAAGACGGCCAUCUGGACAAAGAUGAGUUUGCAGUGGUGAGUGUUUCAUCCUCAGUGCACACUAAACUACUCAGUGUAGUUCUUAUUCCUAUUAUCUUGAAGAUGGGUUUACACUGUGCGAUUUAAAGCGCAUUCCUACCUGGUUUUGGAGUUGCACGACUGCUUUGGAAGUUGGCCGACGUUUUGGAUUGUGGGUUGUUUGUUGUACAUGGGAGUUACAAGAGCUAACCACAGCCUGAUCUCAUGACUGGUCAGAUGAAAUUCUGGCAUGUCAGAAAAUUUGGUUAGGUAACAGCGCACUCCCCCACAGGGUUUCAUCCCAAUUCGCCAACGUAAAGGCUUGGAUUUGUCAGAAAGGUGAUAAUUUGACUUAAUACUUUCUGUGGAAGUCAUAGUCUUUGGUUCUGACUUCCAUGUGUGGGAGUUUUUAAGAGAAACACUGAGACUUGUCAAAGCUCUGUUCUGAUUUGGCACAGACACGGUGAGCACUCAGGUCAUGUCUGAUGGUGGGACCGAUUCACACAGUAUGAUUCACAGUGGAAGUUCACUUUCUACUACGACUUGUAAAAAAUCGUACAGUGUACACCCAGCCUUGGGCACACCAAGGACCUUUUAUAAAGUUUAACAAUCAAAUAUCAGAGGAGAUCCCCUUUUCUCCUCAGCAUCACACAGCUGAAGAGGAAGCAAUCAGAAAACACAAAAGUCUCUGGCUUCUCUCACCAACACAGCUUAGAGACCCACCCCAUUUUACUCUAUAUGUUUUGAUUUUUGCACUAUUUUUAAAAAAUCCAGGACUGUUGUGUGUAAAUAAGAAGGAGAUCAGCAGUUUUUCAGACACUCAACAUUUGCCACAGACAAUCAUCCUGUUACAGUGAAUGAGAUUGAAAUUCUAUCACACUGUCAUCUUUGUCAGAACAAUAACAGAAACUUUUCACCAUGAAAGUGUUUUCCAAUGAAGUGGCCCCAUUAAGGUACAUUAAUGAACUCGCCCAAUUGCGGGUUGUAUCAUCACUGUGUAAAAAGCAACAAUUUGAUUCAGUCACUCUAUGCGGCCAUUUUUUUUUCUCUUCUAUGUUUGAGAUGAGAUUUUUUGUCAAACUGUAUCAGUUAACCUUUAAAAAUCUGUGACUGCAAAACAAGUGGAAGAAAAAAACGUUUUGCUGAUUUGCAAAUUUCAAAAUUUUAAAAUGCUUUUUUUUGGCACUCCAGCUAUUUAACUUCCUGUCAAUGCAUGGGACACAUUAAACAAUGAGGAACGUUUUAUAAAGGUUUGUGUUCGUUAAUGUGUUCGUUCAGGCCAUGCACCUUGUAUACCGGGCCCUGGAGAAAGAACCUGUUCCGACGCUUCUCCCCUCUUCCCUCGUCCCUCCAUCCAAGAGGAAGAAGAGUCUGGGCUCAGUGGCCAGCUCCGUGCCCGGACUGCCUGCCAGCCCCCCUCCUCCAAAAGACUCGCUGCGCUCCACACCCUCCCACGGCAGCAUGAACUCACUCAACAGCACCGGCAGCCUGUCACCCAAACACACACUCAAGUCUGGACAGGUAAUUCACACUUUUGACUCAACACUCAGAAACAGUAAGUUGACCACAUCUAUUUAUAUUUUUUUGUCUCUCCUUCACAAGUAUGUUUGAUGAAUACAGACAACUGCUUGCUGUGCCAAUAUUUGGUGUGUUAUCAAGCAACUAUCAAGUAAAUUAUUGUGUCGUAAAUUCUUCAUAGCUUAUAUGACCGCCUGCUAGCAACAUCUCUUAUUUUACCCCAAAAAGUCAUGGUCGAUACCAAAACUGCUUUGCUGUUCUGCACCCUGAUUUUUAUUACAAGAGUGGGAGCUUGGUAACUAUGGAUAAAUAUCUAUUUUGAGAUUACUGUGCCAGAAGCAAAUCACUGGUGUGCUCAAAUUAAAUGUUCUUCCUUCAGACGUGCAGUGAAAUACUGCACUUUGUAGUCACUAAGAAACCAAAGCUGGAAUGGUUCAGCUGGUAUAAACACAGCAAAGAUAAAGAUAGACUGCAUUCGAUUUAGAAUCUGUUUUACUGAGAAAGACUCAGGACCUAUCCCAUGAAAGCUGCCAUUUUUAUGCAUUCAGUUUAUUCACACAGCAAGAUGAGCUCCCAUUGUCUGUCACUGGUUUCAGAGGCUUCACCAGAUUUCUGUUUUUUUGGCCCACUCACACAUAAGCACCAACAAUGACAGGUGUUAUAGACUAAGGACUAAAGUUGGGCCUGAGCAGACACUUUCUACACAAGCACAAAAAUCAAAUCUCUCUUAUUAUAGAAAGUAGCAAAAGAAACAGAAACAACAUCUUUCUGUUUCAGCUUUCGGUGACUUGGGUGGUCCCAGUGUCGGACCGUGGCCGCUAUGAUGACAUCUUCCUAAAGACUGAUGCGGAUCUUGAUGGUUUCGUCAGUGGACUUGAAGUCAAGGAGAUCUUUAUGCAAUCUGGACUGUCUCAGAAUCUCCUUGCCCAUAUAUGGUAGAGUAUCAAUUAUGCUCUUGUUUGUGGUUUACAGACCUUAUGUGUCAUGUUUGGUUUGUGUGUAACACCUACUAUUAUAAACUUGUGCUGCUGACCUAUAGAUCAGCCUACAUGAAUGAGUUUUAAACUGUAAACACUUGAUUUUUUUUUAAAUAUUAGAGUUGACUUUGAACAACUUAGAUCAUUUAGCUCAAAGUUUGUAACAGUUGACCCAGAUUUCUGUAUGCACUUUUGAUUCAUCCAUGGAUGUAGUCAUGUUAGGAAGAAGCUGUGGACUCAAACUGUUUCUUGAGAGUUGAAACCUUGCCUGACUAAAUACUUCCAUGAUCCAGAAGUUGUCCUAACUUAUUUUGUCUUCUUCCGUUUGUUUGUCCGGCUCUGCUCAACAUCAUGGCCAGUCUGCUCACUGUAAUUGACUUAACUGAAUGUGCGUCUGCAGGGCUCUGUCGGACACCAGGCAGAUAGGCAAGUUGACCAGGGAGCAGUUUGCCCUCGCUAUGUAUCUCAUCCAGCAGAAAGUGAGCAAAGGCAUUGAUCCUCCACAAUCUCUGACUCCUGACAUGAUCCCCCCUUCCGAGAGAGGCACACCUGUACCAGUAGGUUGAACACAAAUUAAGCAAACAGUGCAUGUAAGCCAUAGAUAUCAUUGUAAGCAUAUCUGUGUAUCUCAUGGACUUAAAAUUUGAUCUCUUAUCACCUCUGGUCUGCAUCUUGAAGACACUCAAGAGUUUGUGUGUAAGAAAGCCAAUAAAUGCAUCCAUUACAGCCAGAUAAAGAUUGUUUUAACUGCCUUUUAAAGGAAAACAUCAUUGAUAGUGAGGGAAUGAUGUCCCAGCAGGUAGCUGCAAUAGUUUGGUAGUAUAACUCCAAGUGAUGAUAUACUUUCUUUCUGUACUGAAGCCUUAUAUAAAAAGAUAUUAAAUAUGCUUUGAAAAUAACACAGCUGAAUCCUAAAAUACAAAUCAGAAUCCCAGAGCAAAUCUGACUUCAUAAAAGGGUCUCCAUUUUCAUCCGUCAAAUGUGGUCUGUGUUUUACAGUAUAGUUUAUCUGCGGCACCGAUCUCUGCCACAAAUCCUGAAUAUGUGUGUUUUCUGUAAAGUUAGAAGUAAUAACUUAUGACAUAAGAUAGAAGUGUAACUGCUGUAUUUCAUCGUCCUUAACUAAGUGUUUUCUCUGUGGCUGCAGAGUAUGUCAGGAUACAUGACUCCUGUGGGAUCAGAGAUGGCUGCUCUGUCUGAGAUGAGACGCGUAAGUCGAUAAUUCUCCUUCUCUUCUCGCCUCCACUCUGUGCUAGAGCCAGUUUCUCUUUCAACAGCAGUUUUUUUUAAGUGUGCCACACCUUCUUACCUGGUGGCUGAAAACCUGAAAGUUUGACUCACAUAGAUAUGAAAACGGAAAAUUUGGAGGAGAGGUAAAUCAGCUACAUGAAAGACAUAAACAGCCCACUAUUCUCACCUGCCUUGACUUUUUUACUGCUGAUGUUUCUACCUUUCCCCUCUUCCUCCUCUCUCAGGCUAUAAUGUUCAAGUUGUGGGUAGGUAACAUGGACCAACAGUGUGUAACCUGCCUGAAAUGCUUUCAGUGGCUGGCUGUUGGAGCUGAUUACUGGGAAGCAUUUUCAAGACGUUUUUCUCCAUUCCAAUACAGUGCAGUUACAUCGUCUCACCCUGUCAGCUGGUCCAAGGGAGGAUUCAGGAGAGCUCUAAUUGGCAAAUCGGACUCUAUUGAAAUGAGUUUUUAAUUAUAGUUUUUUUUUUCUGAUGAUAGCAAGUGCUAGUGGCCCAAAUAUAAAUCAGUCAGUCAAUCCAAGUAAACCUGUCUGCUUCCAGAAAGUGUGACUACUGCCACUGUUAAUAAAGAAAUGGUGAGGUUCAUCUUAUUUUUGUAACAGCCAUCACUUUCCAUGACUAACAUUGCCUGCAAAUACUGGUGGACACAGUGCUGGCAAUUUGUUACUACCAUAACAGCUUUUUGAAUAUUCUGCAAGAGGGCUAGUAGAAAUAUAUCAAUAAUAAUAAUCAAUAAGAGAUCCUGAAUCUUCUCUGUCUUUGGCGAUUUGUCAGUGGUGGUGACAUUCCCCCACAUGUUAGUGAUUUACCCAGACCUCACCUACUAAUUCAACCUCUGUGCUGCUCCUAUUAUUGAGCGCUGUUUUUUUUUUUCUUCCUAUCCUCUUGUUUCCUUCUUUCCUCCUACCUUUGGCCUGGUCUACCGUGGCUCAGUUGGUAUCAUUUCACCAUCCCACGUUCUUAUUAAGAUGAAGUUUACUCUGCCAACCUGUUUCUCUUUUUGUCUUCCUCCCUUCUUCUUCUUCUUCUUCUUCUUCUUCUUCUUCUCUGUCUGUCGCUCUCUCUUUACAGGAUAGCUCCAGUUCAGUUGGUUCGGGGGAGUUCACAGGUAUCAAGGAGUUGGAUGACAUCAGCCAGGAGAUCGCACAGUUACAGAGGUUCGAAUGAUAACACUAACAGCAACACAAUAACAUGAGAUAACUGAAAAAAGUAAACAGCUUUCAUUUGGAUAUAAUUUAAUAGCUGGAUAGAAACUGACAGUAGAAUUCACAUCCAAAGGACAUAUAUAUAUAUAUAUAUAUAUAUAUAUAUAUAUAUAUAUAUAUAUAUAUAUAUAUAUCUUCAAGUUUAUCUCAUGUAGCCAAAACAUAAUGUUAUAGUAUUAUUGCUACAAUUAGCAGAUGUUUACAUGAUUUAACUUUGCAAUAACAGGUUGGAGUUUUAUUUUCAAUUAUACUGCUAGUUGUUAACUCUAUGUUGAAUGUACUUGAAUGAUACCCUGUGUCAAAGCCUUUUUAGUUUUGCCAAACUAAAGCAGACAAUCCCCCUCCCAAGUUAACCUUGAUCAUCAGCUUCCUUACUAAUCCAUCGCCAUCAUCAUCAUUCAGUUUUUUUUCCAUUUGUUGUUUAAUAAGUCACAGACCACAUCAUGUCUUGAUCUUUGAAAUCUGGGUUUAUUCCCCUCUUGCCCCACUUCAUAAAAAAUGUGUUACAAAAACCAAGUCAGUUUGAAAGUAGAAUAAAAGAGAAUGAAAUAUAAUUAAAACAUGAAUUAUCUAUUUAAAAUAAUGAACCAAGGAUUAAAGACAAUUGAAGAAUUCACAAACAAAAUACAAAUGAACACAAAUCAGAGCACAAUGAUAUCACCGCACUGUAGACCCUUUUUGAGCUGACAAUACAGUGAUGUCAUUGUAUCUGGAGGCAAAACAAAGUAAACCUGGACACAUGAAUCACCACUGCAGGGUAGAAGGUGUCAUGGGUGACUAGAAAUGCCAGAAUUGAAGAGAGUACAGUACUGUCUCAAAACUGAUAAUCUGAUCUGCAGUAGACACCAUUGCCAAUCAUCAAAAACAAAAACAGACGUGGUUAAAAAAGACAAGACUCAGUGACUGGAUGGAGCUGAUCAUUAAAAAAGCUUGACUGUGCAGCACACACUUGAUUUAGCAUGCAUUUGCAGUUGUUUGAAUGGAUUAGGGUUAGAUUGGAUUCUAAUGAAUUUGGGGCGUUGUGUAAAAUGUCAAUAGAAACCAAAUACAGUGUUUUCCAAAUUCUUUUCCACCUAUAACCAAUUAAAUGGAUGGUCCUUUUCUUCUUUAGCCCAGAGGUGACCACAGCCAUGAUUUUCAAAAACAAUUUGAAAUGUGCUGCCGUCAGACCACACCACACACUUCCACUCUGAGUCAGUCCAGCUCAGAUGAGCUCGGGUCCAGAGCAGCUGGCUGUGUUUCUGGCUGUGGUUGAUAUCUGGCUUUGAGUGGUAGAGUUUGAACUUGAACUUGUAGAUGUAGAGAUAAACUGUGGUAACUGAAAGUGGUUUUCUGAAGUGUUCCGGAGCCCACAUCCUUCACAGAAUGAUUUGGGUUUCAUAAUGCAGUGCUGUCUAAGGGGUCAAAGGUCACAGGCAUUCAAUGUUGGUUUUUGGCCUUCCUGCUCAUGUGCAGAGAUUUUUGAUCUCUCUGUAUCUUUUGAUGAUAUUUUGGACUGUAGACGAUGAAAACCCCAAAUGUUGGACUGUUUGCACAUGCAGUUGUUGACAAAGCGGCGAACCUCACCCCAUCCUUGCUUGUGAACCACUAAGCCUUUCAGGGAUCCUCCUUUUAUACCCAAUCUUGACACUCACCUGUUUCUAGCAAACCUGUUUACCUGUGGAAUGAUCUAAACAGGGUUUUCUGAGCAUUCCUCAAUAUUCCCAGUUUUUUGUUUACCCCGCCACAACUUUUUGAAAUGUGUUGCACAGACAUCAAAUUCAAAACCAGAUUUGCUAAAAACAACAAAGUUUAUCAGUUUGACUGUUCAAUUGACCUUUUACACAAUGUCCUCACUUCACUGGAUUUGGGGUUUGUAAAUUCGUGGCCACUCCAUCUUAAGUAGUCCUAUCAUAUAAUCCAUUCAUUGGACGUACAGGUUUGCCAGUCUGCUCUAGUUUGUCAGUGUUAACUUUUUAAGUAACACCCUGUCCUGGACAUUAAGUGACCUUACAUUCUCACAGAAACCCAGAGUAUCUUUUGUCUUUGUCGAUAGCAAACCAGAAACAAUUUACGUGUGCUGGUUGACGUGUAGGCCUGUCGCGAUAAUCAAUAAAUCGCCUUAUCGCUCGGUAAAUAAAAACGAGGUCGGUCAUUUUGCCAGCCUCGAUAAUUUACGUGCGUUUGUUUUCCUCCUCUCUCGCUACCAAACACGCUGGAUGAGAGAAGAGGUCUCACUCUGUGCAUUUUUCUCGGCACCUGGGGGCGUUGGCUCUAUAGCGGAAUGAACGGAGUUAGUGAACCCUCCUGUCAGUCAUUCAGUGUCUUUGUUACGAGGGGGCGCGCGCACAGGUACACGUAGGCGCGCACAGGCACACAGACACAGACUUUUGGUUACAGUGCUGCAAGUGAGCGUCGUGAGUGAAAAGCAAGCAAACAGAAUGAACACGACAGCUUUGGUGUCUAAACCGAACGCAACAGCCCAAGUGUAGGAAUAUUUCGGCUUUAGACCAGUUUUGUUUUUGUCAACCACAAAACUCCACGUGUGUGCGCGCGCGCGUGUGUGUGUCUGUGUGUUUGAGGAGCACAGCAGGCUGAUGAGAGCUGUCGGACUGAAGCUGCUCCUGUAUGUUUAGCGUUUAACUGACUGAGUUUUGCAACUCUGUUCGUCAUUUUCGUCUCGUCCCAUCAACGUAAACGCACUUUCGUCUCGUCACAUUUUAGUCAUCUCCGACUUAUGUUUAGCUCGUCAACGUUACGUCUUCGUCGUGGGUGAAAUUAAAGUUUAUCACUUUUGACACGGUGUACUCGCAUUAUUAUGCCAUUUCAUAUCAUUAUCUAUAAUUUAAAAAACGGUGUCAAUAAUAUCGUUUAUCGGCAAUAAUUUGUAGCACAAUUAUCGUCCAGCAAAAUUUGUUAUCGUGACAGGCCUAUUGACGUGUCUAGAGGAUUGUUUUGCCUCCAGCUGAGCGCUGCUCCUCAAAAACAUCCCACUGUUUUCUAAUACGGAAAGGUUCUCAUAAUCUCUUUGUUCAUUAUUUCACAACAUGAUCAGGUGACUCGGUACAAGGAGAGUUUACUGAUAACAGAAAAAGUGACUCUUCACACUGUAUUCUCUAUUUUGUAGGUAGUUUUUUAGUAAAGGGGUAUCGUUUUUGAGACUCCUAUCGAAGCCUUUUUGUUUGUUUACUUUGUCAUGAUGUUAAAUGUGUUCAUCAUGUUAACAUUGUCAAGUUCUAUAUAAGAAUAUAUAGAGGAUGUCAAUAAGGGAGGCCAGUUGGCCUUAUGGUUAUUGAGAGCGCCCAGAUUACUAAGGCUAUGGUCCUUCUCUAAGAGGUUGAAGGUUUGACUUCCAGCCAUGAUCCAUAUCAUCCCCACUAUCUGCUCCCCGCAUACACUAUCUGUUUUCAGCUGUCCUAUCUCAAAAAAACAAAAAAAAAAAGCCAAAAAUGAAAAUAAAAGAAGAUGCCACUGUUUUAAUUUCCAUGUUUGUUACAUAACCUUAAAAACAGGAAGGGUCUAUCAGGACAAAAAGGUGUCGCUAAAUCAGAGUAUACCAGUGGAAUAAUGAUACUCUUUGAGAUAAGCCUGUUGUUGUUAUUUUUAUAUUCCUUUUAAAUAAAUAAUAUUAAUUUAGUAUUUGAAUUCAAUGGAAACAAACAAACAACAUGGCAGGAAUACACCCAAACUGAACCCUAUGAAGAUGCACUAAUGGAAAAAUGCAAAGAAUGGGAGCUUGUACACACAGGAGUGCACAGGUAGUUGGGGGUUUGGUGAACUGGCUCCUCUCAAGGACUCGAGUGUUGAUGUGAUAGAAAUUGUUUCUUGAGGGUUCAUUAAAUUUUAAUAUGCGCACAGUAUGACAGGUGAUUGAAAAGGAUUUCUCAUUAAUAUCAACUUGAAGUUAAAAGUCCAUUACGUUAAAGAUGAUGGACACAGUAGGGGUUUCCACAGCAGCCAACAGCGAGCUAAAACACAUCUGCAGCUCUGUUUCUGCUGUACAGUCCCACCAUUUUUUCUGUGAUAAAAUGCACACUUGAAAAGGAAACAUGAAUCAGAUGUGGACAAGCUUUACUAUUUCUCUUGGUCUCCUCAUCCUGCUACAUUCUUUCUUCUCCGUCCAUCCAUCAUCCAUUUAUUCAGCCAACUGUCCACUCUUCCUUUGAUGUGUGUAUUUUAUCAAUUUUUGUUUGUUCACCACUUAUUCUCCAUGCUGCGUCAGCACUCUUGCCUUUACCCAGUGGAAUAUUCUAAGGUAAACACCAGCUACCAAAUAUCUCUGGACUUUUCUGUUGUCAAAUCUACUGUGGCUUCCAGAUGGUUAAUGGUUCUGGCAAUUUCUUUACAUGCAUAGUGGUUAUACCGAGGCUUUAUAUAUAUGCUUAGUUUUGCUUCUUUUAGGCUGAAUCCCUGAGGUGAAGAAGAAGAGUUUGUUAAGGGUCGGUUCACUCUGAUCAAGUGUCAAUAUACCCAACAUUCAUAUGUAAAUAUGAAUGUUUGUACAUAAUUGGCUCACUGCAGCCAUGAUGGAUCUAAGAGAGAUCAGUUUCAGUGUUUACGUUUAAUCCAAGGGAUAAGGAAGAAAAUCCAGACACCUUGUUUUUUUGUAGAAAUGAACAACUAAAGUUAACCAUAGUUGAUAAGCAGUGUUGCCAACCUAGCAACUUUGCUGCUAGAUUUAACAACUUUUUGGACCCCCCUAGCGACUUAUUUUCAAAAAAGCACCUAGCGUCAAAUAUAGCAACUUUUUCUAUAGUUUGGAGACUCUGACUUGAAAACUACUCUUCUUAACGGGUAUGCGAUGGCAUCAUGUAGUGCCUACAAGGACAGCCACUAGCGACUUUCCUUACUGAGGAGUUGGCAACACUGUUGAUAAGUGAUUUCAGUAGUCUGUGUCGGACAAAUCAAGCCGGCGGAGUAAAGGAGGGAUAUUUCUGUACAAAAAAGACUGUUUCAACCACACAGACUGCAAGAGCCUCGUAAUUAUCCUAGAAAGACUAUGAAAUAUUCCUUUGCCCUGAAGCAAGACUCCAUAAUUGGUCCCACACUGCGUACUUAGAAGUUGCAUAAGGAAAUGUAAAAGAGGAGACUUCAGAAAUUGACUGUUGCACUAGGACAGAAUUAAAUAGUUGAUGACCAUUUGUUAAAGCUCUUUGCAAUAACAUUUACAAUCAAACAAAGUGAGGUGAAUUAUUAUUCACUGGUUACAGCAAUAGAUUGGAAGAUCUUUAGAGGCACAUACAUGUCACUUUCAGUCCACAGGUCACACAGUUGUCAGUAACUCAGUCUGCAGGUACAUCAGGCAUCACCUAUCAGCAUAUGACUGUGCAAGACACUGAGCCCUAAACUGCUUCAAAAAUUCAUGCCAGUUUCUGUGUCUCUGUGUAUGAUAUUUUGGGUUAGUAGCAAAGUGAAUAAGUCCUUUGUAUGAAAACAGGACAUAAGUCUAUCCGUUAACCUGUUUGUUAUUGUGGUCUUUUUAAACUUUGGAUCUGAUAAAACUCCAGUAAGCGUCUUUGGUUCUUGGAUAUGUUGAAUGAUGGUUUGAUAACUUUUUAUGUUAUAAUUAUGCAUGUGUGUGUUCCUGUGCCAGGGAGAAGUACACACUUGAACAGGACAUCAGGGAGACAGAGGAGGCCAUUCGCCACAAGAGUGCAGAGGUGCAGGUAGGGACAAAGCCCUCAGUGAUUGAAAGAGCAGUAUGAACAGACAGUAUGGUGUAAAGUUCACUGCUUUAAUCUUGUUUAAAUCACAUAAAUCUGAUUGGUUAUAAAGGUUAUCAAAACCCUGACAGUUUCUCUGAUUAUAAAUAUAUUCUUUGUGCUCACAUAAACUACUAUAAAAGGUCAGUGAGUUUAUAUAGAGCACUGAGUUACCGUGUCUUUCGCACUAUAAGGCGCACCAAAAAUCCUUUUGGCCUGUCGGAGCACUGCAGCUACCGUAGCCUCACUGAGUUAUUGAAUGAGAUAAAUAAAAUUUGACUUAUCUGACAGUUUUGUUUGGCUUUAUACGCUUUAUAAUCCAGAGCGCUUUACCAGUGGUACUUUUUAUCUGACCACUUUUUAUUGUUUGCUACUUUUAUCUGAAUAUUGUCUUCUGUAUCCUUGUUUCUUCAGGAGAUGCAGAGUGACCUGGACCGAGAGACAGCCAGCUUGCAGGAGCUGGAGGCUCAGAAACAAGAUGCCCAGGACCGCCUGGAGGAGAUGGACCAGCAGAAACAUAAACUAGAGGACAUGCUGAACGAAGUGCGGAUAAAGUGCCAGGAGGAGUCACAGAUGGUAAGAAUGAAAAACAGGUGAGACAUCCAGGAACUGAUAAUAAGACUAGAAUUUGUAAGUUCUUAUAAAUAAUGUAUUAUUGUUAAUGCAAGGGUUUUGCAAUUGUGGCUUAUUUUGCUGUUUGGCCUUAUAAAAAAGAGGCAGCAGAGAUGGUGUCUGAGGACAGGGAGUUAAGUGUCAGUGAUGUGUUGGCUGUAUAGAGCUUCUGAAAGUUACCAGCACAUGAGUGGAAUAAUGACCACUCUCAUACUCCAACCUUUCGUCUUCAUUCUCUUUUGCCUCCAGAUCUCAACCCUCCAGAGUCAGAUCCACUCCCAAGAGUCAGACUUGCAAAGUCAGGAGGAAGAGCUGAGCAGAGCAAAGGCCGACCUUGGCCGACUGCAGCAGGAGGAGAACCAGCUGGAGCAGAGCCUGGCUGCAGGCAAGAUCCAACUUGAGACCAUCAUCAAGUCCCUGAAGGCCACACAAGAUGAGAUCAACCAGGUAGGACAUACAUACUGUGUGUUUCUGUGAAGUGUGUCAACAGGGGGCACUGUUGCACUGCAUUAUCAUUACUAGUCAUUACUAGGUCCACCUGCAACACUAGAGAAAGUCAAACACUACAUUCAGCUGUGUGUGAGUGUGUGCGCAUGUGUGAGUCAGUUACUUUCAUCCUCAGUCGCUUUGGUGUGUCAUCCGUUUCCUAUCAGCCACUCAUUCCACAUACCUCACUUUAGCACCUGUGUACCUACACGGCUCACUACUUGUAAACAAGUUUUUGAUUAGUUUGUGAUGUGGUCUCAAUCUCUGCUCUCUGGGAUACUUAAUUCUCCUGAAUGGGAUGCUUUGAAGAUAAGCACAUACUAAAACCAUUUGUGUUAGAGGUCCGGAUCAUUUCCUACCUUAGCUCUCAGCUCAGAAACUGUAUCUGAAGAAAAAAAAACAAAUGUUAAUAAUAAAUGGACUGCAUUUAUUAUCUUGUGCUUAUAUCUCCUGACUAUUCACACUACCUUUACUCAUAUUCACCCAUUUACUGCACAAAUGUACUCUGAUGACAGAUACUGCUAUGCAAAGCAGCCAUCAGCAUUAACUCAUCUCAGUCUUCUUCUCAUGCUGCUUUUGGUAAAUGUAACAUCUGAAACAAGAAUGAGGUUUGAUUAACAUUGUACUAUUCUCUGUCAGUUUUGUGAAUUUGCAAUGAUGUGAGUUUGGGAGGUAUUCAGGACUAAUUCAAACAAUCUACAAUUAUACAUCCCACUGUCAUGGACUUCCAUUAUUUGUGUUUGUUUGUAUCCUGCAGGCACGAAGUAAGUUGUCCCAGAUUCAGGACAGCCAGCAGGAAGUGUCUAAAAGCAUCGAGCAGUACAACAGCACUUUGAACGGAACCCACGGAGGCAGCAUGACCAACCUGGCUGACAUGAGCGAAGGGUUCAGCGACAGAGAAAACGGAGGAUUCCCAGCCAUGGUGAGAACAGCACAGGUCAGGAAACCUACAAAAGCUUCGGCAUGUGUUUUUCCCUCAUGGCUUGGGUGGGUAUUAAAGUAAAUAUCCCAAGCCUAGAUAAUACUUAGAAAAUCCGUAGCAAUUUGUAACACAUGUAGAAACCAAAAUAUAUCUGGGUACUUCCAGCCGCAUUUUGCGAGCAUGUGUCUGUACAGAACAAUAUUUUGGUUACAGUACUGGCAAGCUUAAAAGCAGUGAUGCUAUAGAGUUGUGAAACUGUAAGGGGUGGUUUCCUUUGGGGCAGCUAGACAGUUUCAGCCACAGGGUAAAGUGUGGGAAAGAUACCGCAAGGUCAGAGGUAUGAGGUUUGCUAUUGUGGCAGCAGUAGAGACUGACUAGCUGCCCUUUGAGACUAAGAGCAAUGACUUUGCAAUGAUAGUGGGUGUUUAAGUUCCCAGGAUUAGUCUGUGAAAUAGAUUCAAACAACAAAAAAUCGUUCUUCUUCUGUUCCUCUUGAUUAAAAGUAGGUUUAGUCAAUUACAGGUGCCAUUUAGCACUAUGCAAGACUGAACACGACGCAAAGCUUACAAUCACUGUACACUGUCUUACAAUCUACUGUAUUUUCUUUAUGGACUGGAGUUUAACUCUCAGUCACACAUUAAAACUUUUGCCCGUCCUGUACAUAGUUUAUUCAUCUCUCUUUUUCUCCUUUUUACCCAGAACUAUUAUCCUCCACUUCACUCCGAUUAUCCUCCGCUUGCUUCAGUCCCCAUUAUACCUGGGAAACAGCUCUUGGUAUCACCAGCGGUAUUGGACUCAGGGUUUUCAAUGAAAUUCACAAAAGAUCUUGUACUGAACUAUAUCAAGUUUGAGAGUUAGGCUGGCACAUAAAGAAAUGAAGUCUGAUCAGUGAGGAUCGAGGGUGCUUGUUUGUUAUUAUCUCCUCAAAGUUGCAACAGCAGGUCCAUUAUCACACUUGAACUGAGGUGUAUAUUACAAAAGGAUAGAUCUGGUUUAAUACAGGUGUAGUCUUUGUAUUUGAUCAGUUAUGGUAAUGUUUGUGUCUGCCAAGAUGACUGCACAGAUGUCAGAACAUGAGGACAUCACUUCACUAAAGUCUGGUGGGGCAGGACACAGGAGCUGUCAAAUGGUAAGAUGGGUUAUGAUCAAUUACAUGUUUCUUGAUAAUCCUUUUCACAGGAAUACUCUGAUCAGUUUUAAAAAUAUUGUGGGGAAUUCAAUACAUCACAUUUGACUGCAAAUUGCUAAACCAAAGCUAGACAGCCCAUCACAAAUCAAUCAUUAAUCAUGUCACUAUAAUUUCAUACUUAGGAGACUGUUGUAUGAAAUAAGAAACAGGACAGAAAAAGGACUAACAUGAUGGUGAUGAAUGAGUUCUUUAUACUUUAGAUUUAAGUUCAGCCCAAACUGUUUUUAGAUACAGUAUUUAAUGGUAGCUAUUACUCUACUUUUUAUUAUUUUUUAAAUCUUUUUUGUUUUUAGACAGUAGUUAAGUGUUGAUGUUUCUACAUUUGGCUAAAAAGCACAGUCCAACACAGCAGUCAUGAUGAAAAUCCUAAUCUGAGGAGUUUCAAUGUUCAGUUCCAUUGAAAAAAAAUAAAGGUAGUAUUAUUUGUUAAAAUGUUACCCAUCUGUAUGUGGCAUGUGUAUCUCAUAAUCACUCAGUACGUUUACAUGACGCUCGAGAAAACUGAAUUAUUGCCUUACUCUGAUUAAGACAGGACAACUAAAGUGCAUGUAAACCCCUUAGUCCGACUAUGAUCGAAGUUUGAUAACUCCGAUUGGAGUCGGAGAACUCAGAUUAAGACACCAAGAUAAUGCGAUUGGCAUUUGAUUUUCUCUACCGUGUAACCAGUGUAGUUGGAGUAUGAUCGGACAAUGCCUGUGCGUGUGCGCCAAAAACACCAGAGAAGAAGUGGCACUAUACUUUAAAGAACUUUCGACUCAGAAGCAACUGCAACAUGGCUGAAGCAUGAAAAAAUUUCCACUUUUGGAACGACGAGGAGAGUGCCGUUAUGCUUUCCAUCCUGACAGAAAUGGACAUUUUAAAGUAUACGGACGGUCACAAAACGAGGAACGGAGACAUCUUUAGAAAAGGUCUGGAAACAGCGCAGCUGAAAGACCCAUAGUUUGCCCCCUAGUUUUUGGGGUCACAUUCACGUCAAUAAUUCGAUUUUCUCAGCUGCAUGUGUUCACGGACAAGGAGAGAAGUCCGAUUCGGUGAAAAAAACAAAUUAUGAGCUGAGUCCGAUUAAGCUGUGCAUGUAAACGUACUGAUUGGGUCAAUAGAGUCGGAGAUCUUUUCGACUGAUCACCGUAUAUUCAGCAAGUAUGUUGAGAAUAGACAAAUACCUCUUUAGAUAGUUGGACGUUUUUCCUUGUAUAUGCUUGUAAUAGUAAGAAGCUACUCCCACUAAUUUGGCAAGCGAGUUAGACCACUGGUAUGUGUAAAGCUAUCCCUUACAGUACUUAGUGUGAUCUUUACUGGCAGAAAAAAAGAUGAAAAGGCAAAGCUGUUGUUCACCUACUCUGUGCAGUGGUUCUCAAGUCCAGUCCUCGAGGUCCACUGUCCUGUAUGUUUGGAUGUUUCCCUGCUUCAACACACCUGAUUCAAAUGAUCAGCUCGUUAUCAAGCUCUGUAAUGGCUUAAUAACGAGCUGAUCAUUUGAAUCAGGUGUGUUGGAGCAGGGAAACAUCCAAAACAUGCAGGACCGUGGGCCUCGAGGACUGGACUUCAUAACCACUGUGUUAGUGUCAGGUGUGCUGUCUUGAAUUUGGAUGUCAGCUAAACUAUGUGGGUGACUAGCAGAAAAAAAAAAAAAACUCUUUACAAUCAUUACUAAAAGUCCUUCUGUGUCCUUUUCUCUUUCACAUCCACAGGAGGACCCCUUCAAAGUGAAGCCAUCUGUGUUCAACAGCCAGCCUCAGGAACUUCCUACUGACCCCUUCCACUCUGAGGACCCGUUCAAAACAGAUCCAUUCAAAGGUUAAUAUUGCCUCUCACUGAACUCUCUCACUCUCCCCAUCUCUCUAUCUUGAUCACCGUCUUUAGGAAUUAUUUCUGCUCUUUGCGACUGUCCCAUGUCAUCUGUAUCAGGCCCUGUGUUAACACUGAUGUAGAAAACCCAAUGUUAAUGGUGUUGCAAUAACAUUACAGGGGAAAGGUUCAUAGUUUAAGUUAGGGGUUGUAAUGCUGAUGUUUGGAGAGACUUUUCAUUAUAGCCUUAAAUGGGAUUUAAUGGAAGCACAAAGUUUUGUUUUAAAAAACACAAAUGAAGUCUUGAUGAAGAUCAAAAUAGAUUUCCUGGGGUCCUUUCCUUUCAUUCUGUGCUCUUUUUUCACAAUCCUUUUCUCUUUUCUGAGCUGACAUUGUGUUUACUGCUCUGAUUAUUUUCAUCAUGGUUUCUUUCUUCUAGAUAGCAAAUUUGGGUUAGCUUGAGUUGCUCUUUGACUGUCUCUUCCUCUUUGUUUUCCUCCUGCUUUUUCCUCUCUGCUUGACUCCUCUCCUGUAGGUGACCCUUUCCAAAAUGACCCCUUUGCAAAGCAGCCAUCAGCAACCACAGGUAUUAUUCAGAGAGAAGGAGCUCUCCAGUACCAUAAAACUUGUUGCAUCAGCACUUCAGAGAACCAAAGCGUUUAAUUUUAAUAAAAAAUAAAAAAUAUAUAUUUUAUUUUUUAUCCAACUCAUCUCUGGCAACAUAUUAAUGCUUAUAUUUGAAAAAUGCCGUACUUCUUUUUUAAUCAGCUGAAUGGAGCUGAAAGUUGAAAAAGGAGUUUGGGGGUAUGUUUUGUCAGCUACUCACCCCACAUUGUUAACUCUUCAUAUAAAAACACAUCCGCAAACAAAGUUCAAACAACAAACUAACCAAAUUUUAUCUUAAAUUAUUUGAAAUCGUCUAAUCUUUUGAAGAAGUUAAAUCAUAAGUCUUACAGUGAUGGACCACCUGUUCUUGGCCUGCUGACCUGGUGAAUGUAAUUUACUAUCACACACGGGUCUUGUGGUAGCUUGAGCCUUAUUUCUUGCUGAAGUCCUCCAGCAUGUGUGAAACAGCAGAGUGUGCAACUGUAAAUUCACUCACACUUCCCUCUUCAGCGAUAUUACAAAGUUUCACUUCUAUUCUCAGUGGAUGCAGAAGAGUGUUGGCCCUUUUUCACAUCUCUGAGCCCACAGCAUGUAAACGAUUGCUGCCUGCUUGUCCAUGUUGUGCUGGAAUUUCUAAAAUAUUUUUCUUUUUUAUUUUGUGUUUGAUUGUGUAUUUAUUUGACUACAGUGCAUACACUUUCACUGGUAUUCCACAGCACAUAUGCAUUUUAUCUAGCGGAACAUUUGAGUUGCAUUUAGCUGGAAUUGGAUGCUUUGUGUGGAGGAGACUGUUCUGGAUAGUGUUACUAACUCUUGCUGGAGUUCAUGACCUGCUGGGUGCUGUUUUCCGAAGAAGAGCACUGACUCAAAGCCUCGUGUUGCUAUGAUUGCUCUGAUAUGAUUGCUCUUGCAAAACAUGGGCUGCCAGAUAUUAGAAGCAUAAGAUGUGAGAUGGCAGGGAGGUGUGCAAGUAGAUCAAUUGGAUUACUAGAGCUCUUAUUUAGUCAUCCUACAUGCCAUACUCAUGUCAUUAGAAAAUCAUUCAAGUUUUCUUGUCAAUAAGAGUUUUUUUUUUUAAUAUUUCAAAAAAAAUCACAUGCUCCUCUAUAUUGGAAAUAUUUUAAAAUGUGAAUGCUGUUAUAGAAAUACAUUGUCCUCUCCUUUUUUCCAUCAGUGUAUAAGUAAUGGAUUAAAAUUUCGUUUAAUGUCAUCAAAGUUUGGAGUGUGAAAUCCAAAAGUCUUUGAAAAACGGCCAAAAAGGUUCCUGCAAAGUGAAGUUGUCUCUAAAGAGAAAACAAUAACUUUGAUCACAGAGAGCUACUGCAGCCACUUCUGGUUCUGGUCUGAGAGAUGGAUGUUGAAGAACCACUGGAGUGACAAUAAUUACCUGACAUGAACUGUUAUUUCUGCUUCAGAUCCUUUUGGAGGAGACCCGUUCAAGGAGACAGAUCCAUUCAAGGCUUCCUCCGAAGAUUUCUUCAAGAAGACUACAAAGAUUGAUCCCUUCUCCACAUCAGACCCCUUCAGCAAAAGUGCCACAUUACCCUCCAAGGUAAGAACCACUCUUUGCUGCAUUUAUUACGUCAUAGUGAGGAGCAGUUCUUGCCAUUCGGCCCGGUGUUUGGACAAGGUCUUACAGAUGAAGCAGUCGGUUCUAGCUUUGUCAGUCUGGUGUGGAGAAUCCUCCGGUUUUCUGGCUUCAGAAGAGAAUUCAUUUUUAACAGGAUGUUUCUUCUUUUUCCUGCAGCAAACUGGUCACUUCACAAGCCAUGACCCCUUUUCUUCAAACAACCCAAAACCAAAAGGACCUGGUAUGAUUUCAGUGUUGUUUUUGUGGUUUCAGUGCCUGCAUGUAUUUUAUAUAUUUUUAAUUCAUAUUCAAAGUAGUUUGCCCAUCUGGGAAUUCUCUGACCUCCAGUAAUACUUAAAAACCAACCAUGUCCAUUGGUCCAUGAAAUUUGACGGCAUAUCUGAGAGCUUUGUCUGGAAAAAUGUCCCUGCCCUGCCCCUUUAUUAGGGAAAACAAAUACCACUUUUCAUAGACUUCAGUGUAAAUAGUAGAGCAAAAACAUAAAGAUCUACAGGUGUUAAAUUAUGGCCCAGAGACAUUUUGUGAACUAUACGCUUGUAGACAUGUCCUCUCUACCUGUUAAUGAAAGACCAGGAUACAUUCAUACAAAAGAUGACCCAAGUCAUAUCUCCAAUCUUAAGGCUUCAAACUGGUCAAAGUAACUGCUUAAUGGACAGAGGCAACCUCUGUUUUACCUCAGUGAGAGUCCAGGAAGAUUCAGGAAGCACAUGUGUUUUGAUCACAGUUUGUAUUAAUUCAGUUGAGUUUUUCAAACCUACCAGAAACAUCUAAAAAAUGACUUUUUUUCCUUUCCUGAAUCUUAGUGUUUGUAAAUGUUAUAAAGACGCCAAACCCCUUUGGUCUUCAUUUCAGUGGAUCAAAGAUCUCAAAUUGGCUCUAAGGUGCGUUCAUUUUACCUCGGAAGUCGGAGCUGGGAAUGACGUCACACCUGAGUUAUCAGCGUUUCAAUUAAAAAGUUGGAAAAAAGUAGCCAACGGCCAAAAACAGCUAAAAAAACCGUCUGAAACUACCAGGCUACGGUUAGCCGUUGUUAGCACAACUUGCUUUGUAGUUUGCAUACACACAUGAAAAAUGUAAAUUACACUAUGACAGCAUUUCCGCACAUAUAUAUCUAACAAUACUUUUGUAUACGGCUGACUUAUUUGGACAACAAAUAGUACAAAAAGUGUUAAUAAAAGGAUUAUUACAGGAGCUUCUAAACAGUAAUGUUUACAACCUGCGCCACCAUCUUUAAAUGUCAGCUCGGUGGUUGUGUGGAUCGUCUGGCUUUUCAAGUCGGAAAUCCGACCUUGGGGGUCAUUCCAGUUGAAAGUUCCAACCUGGAGCUCAGAAAUCCUGAUUUCCAAGAACAACUGGAACGCACCAUUACAUAGCUAGACAUUAAUGUUUAUGCUUCUACACUUAAAUCACCAGAUGUAGACAUUUAUUUCCUAGAAUUACAGCUUCCAUAGGAUUUUUCUCUUUCUCUCUUGGUGUUUUUUUUUUUUUUUUUCCAAAUGGGACAAAAUCUUGCAUCAUGAGGCUGAUGUUUAUGUUGGUUUAAUAUGGGAUGAACAUGACAAAUUGGCUGAUAAGGGUAGGGGAGUGAUACUUGAAACUUACGUGUUGUUCCCGUUAAAGCUCUGCCAUUUUUCUGGGAAUUAGAAUGACGGCACUGCAGGCCGGAGUCUCAGAUUAAAGUGGAAACUAAGGGAAAAAUUCUUGAUGUCAUAAACGCACAGAUACUCUUUUGUGGUUGCGUAGCUCCUCAGUGAAUUUAUGUCUGCUGUCAAUCAAAUCCCUGAACCCUUUUCAAUAAGCUAACUGUCCUCCACCACGAAAGAAAAGCUCUUUAAUUUUCUACAGGAUAUUAAUGUAGACAAUACAAACACAUACACGCUCCGGGUCAGAUUGAACCUCGGUGAUUGGAAGAGCUCAAGCCUGUCACCCCACACCAGCUACUGUUUUCUUAGACUGAGGUUACUAUGUUAGUUUGCCUAUUAAAACCAUGGCUGGAGAGAAGAGGUGUCACAUUUGCUUACUCAGUGCUGCAAGUCCACUUUCCAACGUCCGUUUUUUAGAGGUGUUGAUACAGCUUUGUCACAGUCUUGCCUGGCUGCACAAGUGCCUGGUUCAGCCAAGCACUUGUUCAUGUAAAGGCUAAAAUAGUUCUUUACCUGAAAUACAAACUUCAGCAUAUCAGCCUGCUUUUUACACUCUGAGAACGUGCCUGCUGAUGCUUAGGGACACUGUUUUAUCAAUGAAAUGCUUUUCAAAUUUUAGCUCGGUCAGCUGUCACAGAAAGUUAAGUUUAAAAGUGGGGAGAGAGAUGCAUACAAGCAGUGAAAAUGUAUUCUAUAUAUGACAAGUGUAUGAAAAUUCAUGUUUGAAGCAUCAGACAGAAAUUUUGACCUCUCAGUUGUUGGUUUUACCUACAGCAAACACCAAAAGAGUUACAGCCAACACAGGAGUACUAACACUCUUAUGUAAUCAAGCAGUUGUAGGAAACCUUGUAAAGUAACAGGCUGUUCAAAUGUUGUUUUCUUGUUUCGUUUGUUAUUUUUUUCCCAGAUCUUUUUGGCACGCUGGACCCAUUUGGCAGCAGCUCGUUCAGCAGCAGUAGUAACAGCUCUGCCGGGUUUGCAGACUUCAGCCACAUGUCCAAACCAAGAGACCCUUUUGAAGGCAGAGCCAGCUGGCUGCCAGACUAUCAGAAGGUACCGGAGGCCAAAAAACACCCUGACGACAUGUUUUCCUAGCAAAGGCACAUAGUUUCAUGCACACUGUGUAAAAAAUGCACCAUGAAAGGUGUAAUUCUGCUUCUACUGUAAAUUAUAAUAUGGAUAUGUUAUAUUUAGUCCACUAGAGAACAAUUUUUUAAAAUGCUUUUCUUUUUUUAACUUUUGAUGGAUCUGUGUAGUUUUGUCAGUAUGUUUUCUUUUUCUACAGAAGUGAUAAAUGGAGGUGUGUCCUCCUUCUUUGUCAGAUUCUACAUCCUAACUUCAUAGUCUGCUAUAAAUGAUGUUUUCUGUCUAUUAAUGUAACCACUGUCGAGUGCAAAAAGAGCCAAACACGUUUCUCUCUGCUGUCUCUUCCAAGUCUGUGUUUGUGGAUGAUCCGUUCAGCCGCAAGAAUGACACACCAGCUCUGCCACCAAAAAAAAGCGUUCCACCGAGACCCAAACCACCCAGCGGUGAGUGUCACACUAGACUGCCGGAGCAUGACAGAAUAUAAAAAAAGAAAAAGCAACAUUAUACAACAGCUUUCCAGAGAUACUCGUGUCUGAGGUUAACAUCUGUAAAAAGGUUCUGCACCGCCGAAUGCUAAAUAAUCUUGUACAACUAUAAGCUGGUUGACGCUGAUUGUCACAUUGUUUCAUGAUUUUUUUUUUUGCGUAGUGUAAUAAUGGGAACCUUUGUGACCCAGAAACUGCAGCGAAAAAAAAAAAACUGAAUCAUAAGUUAUGAAAAAAUUAUCAUGAUGCAGGGUGAAAUUGGAGCAGUGGUUAACUCUAAAAGAUGUGUUACUUUUGGUUUGUCACAAACAUAAAGGUGUUUCAAUGUGUUCAGCACAUCCCCAUCAUGUUGUGAGUCACCUUCUUGAUGGGUUGAAAGGGUGUGGGUGUCUAAAUUUGUCAGCUGUAACUGAAAACACUCACACACACACACACACACACACACACACACACACACACACACACACACACACACACACACACACACAGUAAAUGAAGAUAACAAGAAGAGCAAUACAAUAAGAUGUUUUCACCUGUUAGAGGGACAUCUUCACUGUAAUGGAUUGUUGUCAGCAGUGUGGAAAAGUUGUGUUUUUUUCUUCUCUGUUAUGUGUCGAGAGGAAAGUGUUGAACUUCACUCUGAUCUGUCACAACAGGAAAAAAUGUCAAUGUGGGUACAGAAAAGAUAAAAGCUAGUCAAGGUGCUGCUGUUACAGAGUAUAUAGUGUUUGCAUUUUUCCUGUUUAAAAGACUGAUGUGUUCUUUGACCUGUCAUGAUUAUACUUGUACAGUUUUAGUGUCUUGGGAGGUUUUUUGACUAUUUAUAUGAUGUGCUGAUGCUGAACUUGACUAAUUUAGUUUCACUUGAAUAAAAGUUGUGAAAUAAUCGAUUAUGUCGCCCUACAGAAAAAGUAGAGAGGUCUCAAACAGCAUAUAGCAGCAUUCAGUUUGGAUUGAUUUAGGUAUCAAGUGAAAAGUGCUUGUGUGUUGAAACUAAACUUGCAGUCACACCCUUUUUUUCUGGUUCAUUUCUGUUGAACUAUUGACCACCAUUUCCUAUUUGUUUACACUUGGUAUCUGUGGGCAGCAUCAUGUUUUUAUGAGAGCACAUUGUGGUACAGAAAAGUACAUCAACAGUAAUGAUAGAAAACACCUGUCAGCAAGCUUGCAAACUCAAGUCCAGCUCAACAUAAGAUCACAAGUAAAAGAUUUAGACUUUUGCUUCUAACUUUUCUAAUCCUCUUCAAUAUUAUUUAUUUUCAACUGCAUGGUCACGAUAAUUUCACAGAAAUAAUAAAUGCUCAGAUUUGUCUUUUGAACAUUUUUAACCCUUUCUUUAUGGGACUCACACAACGCUGUCAAAGUACUAAAAGUGUGAAUCACGUUCUCUCUCCUUUUUUGACCUCAACUUGCUGUCAGCACGCUGUCCAAUGUGCUUGCAAACUCAGCAGUAGUAAAGAUAUGUGUCAGUUUUGCCCCUAUAUUGGUUCACAGAGAUUAGCCAGAAUCCAGCAGCUGUCACUUUCUUUAUAUCACAGGUCAGCCUCACAUUAGUGUUCCCCGGACUGAUAUGUUUGUGUGUUUUUCAUUAAACACAAUGCUGCCCUGAUGUUUGAUUGUAGGCACAUCUGAGGGUGAUGUUGUAAGAGUGCUGAGCUGUGGUUUGCUUGGCUGUUGUUCGCAGACACACCCUAACUUGCUUCCUCUCUCUGUCUUUUGUGUGUGUGUGUGUGUAUGUGUGUUUUUGUGUGUGUGUGUGUGCACGUACAUGCACUGACAUGGUGAGUGGUUCUGGGAAGGUAAAGCUGCAGGGAAGUACACUUAAUAUUAGCCAGCUUUGUUACAGGUGAUUUAAUAGGUUUUUUUCCCACAAUUAACCAAUUUUGGUCUUUAUGUUUCCUGACCUGACUUUCUCUUCUUUACACACACACUCACACUCUUACACACACAUACAUGUUCUCUAAUAGUGUCUGUCAUCAGCUCAUUGGGUGUGCAGAGGCCAUGAUUUCAGUGACAGUGCAAAUAAAGUGGCACAUAUUGGGGUAAAUUGCUGCUGCUGGGUUAUUUUGAAUGGAUUAGAUACUCUGCGGUGCAUGCACAACCCCGUAGUCGACAGUAAAAGCAUAUGACACUCAAGUUGAGGUAUUAUUUUAAAACAGGGUGGGGCCCAAGAUUGUGGUUUCUCGAGUGUGAGCUUACUGAAAGAGGAAAAUAAGUGAUUGCCAGGCAUGCAGUUUUGCUCUGCAUGGUGUGUGACAUGAACUGCUCACCCCAAUCACCCGUAGUUAUCUGGGUAAUAGGACCAAACGCGUAUGUGUAUAUGUGUGUAUUGAAUGACAACGGUUUGACUGGUUCUGCGGUUUAACACCUAAGCAAGAGACAUGAUGUAUUUGGUAACGUUCCCACGAUCUUCUGCCAGGCUCCGCUUCGACUCAGAGUUCAUUCCAGAAACUGACAUUGCAGUAAAAGAUGUUUUGCUUGGUAUUGUGAGUAGGGCCAGCUGUGGGUCUGUGGGACUUUUUGCAAGACAGAUGUUGAAAAGAUCAGAGUUAAGUUGUCACUUUGGUAUAUGAUUUUGUAAUGGUCAUCCACCACUUAUUUCAUCUAACUUGUUGACCCAGCAAUGUUGAACUUCAUUUCAAAAGUAAAACAUGUAUGCAAAGUUUUUAAUGUGACUUGAGUAAAUCUUGCACGUAGCAAAUUCACUUUUUAUUAUUGUUUUAUUCGACCAGAUAAGUUCCAUUGAGAUCAAGAUCUUUUUUACAAGGGUGACCUGGCCAAGAGGUCAUUAGCACACAUCAUAAUAAAUACAAAUACAGUUUAAGGUCAUAAUUCACAGACAAUAAAUAUGGUUAAAAGUUCCAACAAUUUUGCUAGUUUAGUGUAGCAGUUUUAUGAGGACUGUAACAUAUUACUUUGAGCUGUCCAGCCUCUCUUCUGGAAACCAAGAACAAACUAUUUCUAACAAGCCUUGUCUUAUAAUAUGCUGCAUUUUUAAAUCUAUUUGUCCAUCAGCAUGAAAGUAAAAGGUUAUGUCAAAAAUAACAGUUUUGAUUUGUUACUCUUCCAGAAAUAAGUGACUAAUUGUUUAACAAAUAAAAUAUAUUAAAUCAAAACAAGGCAAGUUAUGAUCUUUGGACAUGAACAGCUUCGUUCUUGAUUUGUCUUGUUGGUAGCAGGGAACCAACAGUUGGUAAUGUGGGCAGAAACCUAACCUAAGUGAUUUACCAAGAAACCGUAGAGAACUGCUCUGUUGGUUAAGGGAUACCACUUUUGGUUUUAGUGCUUUGGCUGUUGUUUUUGCUGCACUUUUUUUUUUUUUUUCACAGCAGCUGUCUUGAUAUAUUUCCUUUCUCAGGGGGAAGAAGCCGUGCAUUUGUGUGGGUCCUCAUACCAAUUGUUUUGGUACACUGUGUGGGUAGUCGAAACCUCUGUGGCUUUCAAAAGCUGGUCGCUAUCUUUGAGGUGAUAUUAGAGGAAGAGCAGGGCGUAGGCAUGACUGUGAGAACUGGAGAACUAAGUGUUUGUGUGUUUUUUCAACAGAUCAGAUCAGAUGCUGUGUUAUCAGCAAAGUUCACUAGGUUAGAAUUACUCAUGUAAGCUGCGGUAAAGAUGAUUUCUUACACUUGUCAGUUAUCAGGCUACACAAGUAUCUGGUCUGCUGGUCUAAAUCUUCCCUAGAAAUCAGUGAGAGCCAAAGCCUGAGAUAUUUCUGUGAACUUUGUGUUCUUUGCCAUGCUCUGUGGCAAUACACUGAUUAUUUCUGUGCUGGAUUUCCUAUGUUUCUCUGUGGCUUUUGCCCCACUUUUAUCCAUAAUAUUAUACAAAAUCAUCAGAGCUGUUAGCACUAAACACGUUUUUAGGAGGUAUUUAUGAAGCUGUGUCUGGAAAGUGAAACUUCUCUUUCUGUGGUGACAUUUUUAUCUCUUUUUCCCCCCCAGGCAAGAGUACACCAGUGAGCAUGUCUGGCACAGCUGACCCUUCCAAGCCAUGUGACCCCUUUCAGCCAUUCGGCAGCGAUCCCAUCGACCCGUUUCAGAGUAAAAAGGGCCCUGUGGACCCGUUCAGCAGCAAAGACCCCUUUGCACCAUCCACAACAACAAGUAAUGUCCUUGAAAACACUUCCAAACACUUGCAGACUGUAAUUCAGUGAAUUGAGUGGACAAUACCGUAGAACUUUCUGUCCAGACCAGGCCACACACACACACACAAACACACACAUACAUCCUGGAACUGUGCCGAAUGUGCUGCUUGAGGGGUGGGAUACAGUCUACAAGGGUAGUAGAAGAAAUUGCAUUGUGCUUCUGUGUAAUAAUGCGUCUCAGCUGGUCAUUAUUUGAGUGUGGACACAAAGUCAGGGACAUGACGUCCUCUUUCCCGGGCAUCCCACUGGAUCCGGAACAGCUCUGCUCUGCUCCAGAUUGGCAGGCGGAUUAGAUACAGGGUGCAUACAGCACCCACCAGAUCCGAUCCGCCGCCGCCAUCGGAGGAAGCACUUGCGAGAUUACCAAUAUAUCUCGCAAGACUGGACAAGAUCUCACGAGCUCUUGCGUGGUUCCCCGGGAGUCAUAAAAUAAGAUCCGCCAAUUGGUGUAUAUAAACGGCGGUGUAUAUAAACACCCACAUCCCACAACCCUGGCCUCUCCUAUUAUCAAGUUAAGAAUAGUAAAACGUAUUGACUUUAUUUUAUAUUGAAAAUUAACCGGAUAUAUUACUCUGUAACCACAUAAAACUUCCACUGCUGCUCGUGCUGCGCUGCACUGAAUUGAUACCUCAUGCUCUGGAGCCGUUCCGGACCCUGUGGGUUUUGCGCGGUACAGUUCCCCCAUCCUGUUCUAACAUCUUAAAUUAUCUUAACAACGACCAAAAACAUAAAAUGAUUGUUAAUUAUAUAUACACCAAUUAUCAGUUUCUUUACUAUUAAUUUAAACAGUAGUUUUGAUACACAUAUACAUUCCUACAUGCAAUGCACAAAGCAAGUUCUAGUUCAAUCUUCACUACCUAACCCUAACCCUUACCUGCCAUCUAUUGGUCUGGGGGUCAAAAAAGUACACUAGAAAACAGCAAGUAAAAGGAAAAAAACACACACACACACAGUGAGCGUGUGUGUCUAUGGAUUAAAAUAGGUGGGAUAGCACAUGAUCAACACUCCAGUAAAAGACUUCUUUACCAUAUUUCACACAAAGUAGGUCAAAAUAGAUUGUAUAUGUAGUUUUUUAGGUCAGAGAUGCACAGGAAAUGAGCCAAGCUUUUUGACAGUUAGUUUUUGUCUCUGGGCACGGAGAUAAAAGCUUAGUGUCAAUAUUAGCUAACAUCUCCUUGACUUUGCCUUUAGUGAAAUGAAACUGCUGGCUCCUUUCUAGUUCUCAGAAUGGAGAUGCAGAUAAAUGUAUUUUCACAAUACUAUACCACACAUUUAAGGCUAUCUAUGACGAGCAGUACUUAAAACAGCUUUUCUUUAUUGUCUGAAUAAUAAUCUGUUGUGUCUACAAAUCAGCCUAUAGAAGUGAAGGGUAAAUGUGGGAUUGUUAGAUGAACUGAGUCAGUGUCCUUAGAGCUUAUUUUACUGACACACAAUGGGCAACCAUCAUUGAUAGUGAGACAGAAACAAGGCAUAGAUUGGCCACAUUCACUGAUGUGACAGAGCAUAGAAAGCCACUUUAAAAAGAUAGCUUACUAAUUGCAGAGCCGAGCAGCAUUGUGACUGUAAUUGCCCUCAAAGAGUGCAGGAAAGGGUGUUGGCCCCGUACAAGUUCUGUUUGUCUGUUUUGGCAGGAAGAGUAUAAUACCCUUGUUUGGGUUUCCCCUGCCUUUCUCAUAUGCUUGAGCCAAAUAUCAGCUUUGUGUUUGCAUGAUGUUCAUACUCAGGACAAGUAGAGUCUCAGACUAUACAAACAGACACAAACCUGCUGUUGCCUGUAAGCAAAUAAGCACAGGAACUCACACUUAUUCCCCAUAUAAUGAUCAAAUUCUGCACACUUUGAGUGUCAGUCAGAGAGAUAAUCUGUUUUUAGGAAGAAAAUCACUGUUUUUAGCACAAGAGGAAAGGAUUCUGUCUGGCUGACCUGACUUGUGAUGCUUAUUUUUUUAAGACUACAGAAUGAACCUUUAACUGGCAGCUGUAAAGUCUGCCUGCUUUGUGUAUGAAUGUGCUGCUGUCUGGUAUUGUAUUGGUGUUAUUAGUUGACAGGAGCUUUAUUUCAGCUAAGUCUCCUUCAAAUGUAUUUCUUUCUUUUUGGAUAUUUUUGAUCUUGCUAAAAAAUACUUCAGUGUCUCCACUCGGCAGAUUAGCACACUCAACCCCCCACUGUUUUUUAGGGACUUCAAAUUUAUGACUGUUUUACAGAGCAACAAGAAUAUCAGUAUUGAUGAAAAUAAGAAGCUUUUUAACACUUCUGUUCUGUUGUCUCUCUCUCUCUCUCUAACAGGGCCUGAUAAAGUCAAGGUAAGAGACCAGGCACACAAUGUAUUUCACCAAAAAUAAUCAAAUAUCAGUGUCACAUAGAAAAUCUGAUCAAGUAUCAUCUGAUCAGUUACCUUGGGGGGACAGAGCCUUCUCUGCUGCCGCCCCACCCUCUGGAAUUCACUCCCCAAACCCAUCAGAGAUUGUACAGACCCCCGUACUUUCAAAUCUCUCCUAAAAACACACCCUUUUAAAUUGGCUUUUAACCUGUAAACUGUUCUUUUAUUCUCUUUUCAUUUUAUGUCUUUUUUAACCUUUUACAUUGUUGCUCUAUUACUCCAAAUUUUCUGUAUUUUAACUGUGUUUCUUGUGAAGCGUCUUUGAGCACUUGUAAAACCACAUUAUCAUUACUAUUAUUUAUUAUUAUCAUGAUUUAGAUCCAUGCCAUAAUAUUUGCCUUGAUAGAUCUAACAUCAUAUGUCAUAAUGAAUAAAUGAAAGGACUCAAUUUGAUUUUUUUUCCCCACAUUUUGUUCUCCCUCUACCAGGGUAUCCGUGGGGUCUGAAAAAGUCUUGAAAUGUCUGAAAUCCAAUGAUUUGAAUUUCAGGCCUAAAAAUGUCUAAAAUUCUCUUAAAAUCUCAUAAAAUGUCUUUAAUACGAUUUUGAAAGGUCUUGAAAUAUAUUAACUAAAAAUAAAUAAUGUGCCAUAGAAAUAAUGAUUGGUUUGUAGUAAUGUAAAAUGUUCUGAUUUCCCUUCAUGUGUUUUGUACUUUUUUGCCAUUAUGUAUGUAAAACGGGUCUAAAAUUGUAUUCAUUACAGUCUUAAAAAGUCUUAAACUUGACUUGUUGAAGCCUGCAGAGACCCUGUUGACGGCCUCUCUUUUUCUCUGUCUCUUAGUUUGGGAAUGAAGCUCAGCAGCUGGAGUGGGCUAAGCGGGAGAGCGAGCGGGCAGAGCGCGAACGGCUUAAGCGGCUCAGACAACAGGAGCAGGAGGACCUGGAACUAGCCAUCGCGCUCAGUAAGGCUGAAAUGUCCAACGCAUGACAUGGAAUCUCCACCAACCCCUAAUACACACAGUGUGUAGACAGGCUAACAUGAAGACAAACAUGACUGACAUUCAGACACAAAGCACAUCACUGGACUAAUUCUUGAGUGUUCGUAAAAACUCUGCUCCACACACAUACACAUGCACACACACACACACACAAAUACACAGCUCGGCACCACCAAUACUUACAUGCUCACACUCUCCAUAACUUUGUCUGGUUACUGCCUGCAUCAAACAAGACAGCAAACCUGAGAGCCCAGAACUCAUCACUGCAAACCUCUCUGCUGACAAGCUGAGAGAGAGAGAGAACGGAAGGAUGAAGAAGAGUAGGAGGAGGCAAAAGAGGGUGGAGUAAAACAGACAGAUGCACUGUGUAUAUGCACUAUAGUGGCUCAACAGUACUGAAAAGAAUCCAUUCACUGGACUGAGUGGGAUGGCGAGCUGUUGCUGACGAGGACACCUUGACAGUUUGAAUUUAGGUGCGCUGCGUUGCAAAUACAGUAGCUGCGUUUCAGAAGCGUGACACUACAAUCCAAACUGCCAAGGUAUCCAUCUAAAGGGAUUUUUGUUGCUGAUGCAUUGAAACGACAUGGAUAUAUCAUUUGGCCGCUGAUGGUAUAGAUUGUGUCAGUAUUCAGUUCUGAGUUGUUUUAGCUGGUAAAAUGGGAAAAUGUGACAGAGAGAAAUAUAUUACAUGUGUAUUUGUUUAUGGGGAGGUAUUUGAGGAGACUGGAAUCUACACUCAGGAUUGAGAAGUUUCAAGGUACAAUCCUUUGUUGUUGUCGUUGUCGUUCUUUGUUUUUUUGUUUUUUUUUGGUUUUCACAUCAACAUUUGCCUCCAGAGUCUAUCGUGACAUGACCGGCCCAAGCCUUGAACUCCAGACAAAUUUGGGUAUUCAGCCUGUCAAAGCAGAAACAUUAAGGGGCUAGAAGGCUCCAGUCUCACUGUGCCCUUCAGUUAGUGUUACUUUAUUUAAUCCCAGAUUUAUUAGGAAUGUACUGUGCACCACUGAAGCACAGUAUCUAACUUGAAUAGUCGGGGUGUCAAGGUGCUACACGUGUAGAGGUUCCUGAGUUCAAACCUUACGUGUCUUUACUCCACCUGUCGGGGGGGCGUUUCAGCCCUUUUUAAACCCAAGUUCAGGAAACCCAACAGCACCACUGAGACAUCAUCUGAGGUUAUUUUCUUGGAUGAUAUGAAGUCAUCAACCUCACAACUCUGAUGUCUACAGGCUGACUUUAGCUGAACAGGACUCAUCCCUCUGUGUCACUUUAAGGUCAUAAUUAUCAUUCAUACUGAGUUUCCAUGGUCCAUAUAUGAAACAGCUGUGGGCACAAUCACUUCAACACAAACUAAAACCACAGAGUUGUAAAAAGGAGGGCGGGGGCCUGCUUUUACUUGAAGACCAGGUUAAUCUGAGGGCAGAUGAGUCUGUACCCCUCCUCUCACUCAGUGGCUCAUCCUGUGUGAAAAGGAAAACCUGUUACCAACUUUAGUCUGGUAUGCCUCCAUUUCACUUGUAUUAUUAUUGUUUUUGUCGUAGGUUAGAAAAUUACUGCUCUAAAACUGUGUUUAAAAAACUGAUGAAGAUUCAUUACACUGGUUCCCUUUAAUGUGACAAGUACCUGACAAUGAAAAUACGGUUGGACUUAUCAGCAUAUCCUGUGGAGCAACAGUAACAAAACUGUACAGAUUUAUUUGCGUUGUCCAGGAGAGAGUACAAACGAGCGUUUCAAGUGAUACCUGGCGGGUUUUUUCUUUUUUCUUUAAGUGUAUAUAGUAAAAACAGAGCUAACUAUGCCUCUUCUUGACAGCUGUGCUUUGAUCCUGAUGCUGUGAUGUCAUACCACAUCCUACAAACGAAAAGCAAGAUGAGGGAAAUCUUUCUUUUUUUUUCACACUUAACCUUGUUUUCUUAUGAGAGAGUGAGGAUUUUAGUCCGUUUUAUUUAUGUAGCUUGUUCUUCUUUUGUUACUUUAAAAUGUUUUUGUUUUAAAAGAACAUCCAAUUUAUUGUAGUCGUUUUGUUCUAUAUUUUGUAGACGAGUAUUAGCCACUCCAGUGCUCUUCAGACCAGCGACAAAGCUGCAGAGUGUUUGGAAAAGGUUUGGAACUUGCUGAAAUCGGGUGUCAAUGGCUGGAAUAUUGAAAUACUGCUACUUCUGAUACGUUAAAUGCUUAAACUUCACCACUCGACAUGUUUUUAUUUAACUUGUCCCGUUUACUUGAAGUGGCAGAUUAUGUUGAGAGAGUCAUACACACAUUUUAUAAUGAUCCUUCAGUUGUUUUUGCCACAUGCUUGCCCUGCCAUUAGAGCGCCACUGUUCUCCAAUAUGUCACACUGAAGGAGGACAUGUAGUUUUUUUAUUUGCCAUUACUACAACUGUUUGAUCACGGAGAGAAAGUCUUUGUUAAAGCAAAGUUUGUCUGUACUAUAAGUGUUCAAAAUGUAAAACAAGUGUAACACAAGUGUAACCAUUAGCGGUACUACAGCUCCAGGACUAUCACUCAGUAUGAUACAGUGCUGAGUGCCUCAUAGAAUUCAAAUGUUUAAGUUUCUCUAGUCUGUUGAUCAAACUCAUUUAAAAAGUCAUUUAAAAAUCUAUGCCGUCCUUAGCAACUCCAGAGAAAGUGGAAAAAAAGGAUCAAAAAGAUAAUCAUCUCAAAACAUCCUUAAAUAUAAUGUCGACCUGGGGUUGGGGGUGGGGGGUAUGUUUCAACAUCCCUCCAUAACAACUUCUUUAAAUGCCUAUUGUAGUUAAAUAUAUCCUUUUCAUGGUAUACCUGUCAAGGAUGAGAAUAAGUUCUGCAUUGACCUGAAUAUAAAACAGCCCUCAUAAUGAGAUAAGGAAAGACUUUUUCGACACCAAAUCUUGCUUUAUUACAGAAAACAAGAUUGAUGACAUGAUUGUGUUGUGUGAAGCACGACCCAAAAAGUCGAUCACUCUUAACAUCAAUAUUUUUUUGUACCAAAUCCAAGAGUUUCAAAUUUUUAAGUACUGAGACAUAAAUGCGUUAUUAUUAUUGUUGUUAUGAAAAGAAAGUUGUAAACUCAAAUGGCUGCGAGCAGUUGGUUUUAGUGCCAUGCUGUUGCUUAUGCCACAUAAUCUAUCAUGCUGCCCAUAAGCUAGCUUGUUAACCCUAAACUUCAUAUAAAAUGCCAUCGCUUUAAGUAGUUUCAAAUGAACUGAAGUGCCAUCAACUUCUCAACAACAGUGUGACAGGCAGCCUGCAUAGCGAAAAGAAUAAUACUUGAUAACAAAAUGCUAUAGUGGUCCGUUGAGUUUGGUCUCAGCGUCACUGUGGUUUAAAUCCCAGCCAGAUGGCUCAGGUGCAUCUAAAAGCAACCCCAAUGUGAAUUAUCGAAACAUGAAUCAACUCUGUCGAAGAGAAAUAAGCGUCACAGGAUGCACCAGUUUCUCUUGGCAAUUAUUUAUAGUAACACAAACUUGAAGAGCGACAUCCAGAAAGCAUACAUCUUAAGGUCACAAAAUAGCUGUCUAGUAAAAUGCUGCUAAUAUACCUGAGCUGUAAUAACGUACUUCAACAUUUCAAAAUAAAACCUGUUAUUUGAAGAAUUUAGCUUUGGUACCUUACUACACUUUCAGACAGAUCUCAGUUGUUACCAAAAUGUACCGUCUCCUCCUAAAAGCCAGCCUGCUGUGUUAACUGUGACCCUCCAGCUCUUCAUCGUGUGUUUAUGUUUACAUCCCUCUGACCCCUACCUGUCUGAGCGCACUCUUUAGAGUGCCGAGUCCCAGACUGGUAUCUUCAUUCAUACUGUAUUUGUUAUCUGAUAACUCCAUUGUGCAAUAGAUAAUGUUUAUUUUUUUAUUAUUGUUGUAUGUAUCUUGUCAAACCAGUGUAAUGUUUUUGACAUGUAGCGUAUGUGUUUGAUAUGAUUAUUUAUGCAUCCAUAACCAUCCACUCCUCUGUCCUGACUUUGUAGAGAAAAUGCCUUCAUUUCAUUCCAGUAGCUGCAGGAUCUGCAUCGCUCUCACUCAAAAAUGCUCUGAAUGGAUUUGGAGGAAAGGAAAUGGUAAUAAUGUCCAAUUCUCUGUAUUUUUAAAAUAUUUUUAAAAUUAUCAGUAUUCUUAGCCGUUAAACAAAGACAAAAAUGUUCGUAUGGUGACAGCUAAAAAAUAUUGACACCCUAUUAGUUCCUUUUCAUUUUGAUGCAAAGUUUUUGAAUUCUGUCCUUACUGACACGCUGAUGCUGAAAACAGAAAAGUGGUUUUGGAGGAACUUUCUUGCCGUUUUCUCACUUUACUUUUUUUCUUCUCACAAGCUUGUAUUUCUGUUUUUUUUUUUUUUUUACCUUCAGAUGUCCUUCCUCCCAUGUAGGUGAAGUAACUUGAGCUGUCUUUAUCAAGAUGCAUACAAAAUGUAAAUGUAUAGUUACAUGUCUGUUACAUUUGUCCUAUAAAAAUGAAAGAAGACAAAGUCAACUUGGUGAGAAACCAUUGGAAAGGUUGCCUAUGUUACACUAAUAGCUGAAGAGAUAACAGAAGCAGGUUUAUUUUAAACAGUGAUCCUCUCUACAUGGUCUGUACUGUUUACUAGAAUUAAAAUUUCAGUCAAAUGAAAGUGGACUGCUGUGUCUUUUGUGACAUGCACUGAUUGAAGACCUCAAAGUUCAACUCUUAUGAGGGACAAAGACGAGUUUCAGAUCAGUUCUUCUAUAAUUUAACAGUCUACAAAGUAACUGUCAAAAACCUGAACCUGUGAAUAAUUGAUCUGAAGCCACCAAAGGCAUAAACUGCUUUCGGAGAAUGAACCGUAGGCUAACUGUGCAUGUGUCCAUCAGUGUCAUUUGAUACCACUGUUGCAGGUUCUGGCCUCUGAAAUGCAUAAAUACAACCCCUUGAGGUCAGAAACACCUUAAAGCUGCUGCCUGACAAGUAGUACACGGCUCUCACAGCUUAUUUUUAUUUGGUAAGGUCUAAAGACAGUUUAUUUUAUGUGCUAUUAGGGCAGAUUUGUCAGAUUUUUAUUCUUUUUAUUGCAUUCCUGCUGGAUCAACUGUUCUUUCUGAUUCUAACCCAUAUGCUACCAAGCACAACUCAAACUAUCGCUCUUUUUAGGUUAACAUUAUUUAGAAAUAUGCAUAAAUAACAAUAAUAAAGAAAUGUAAGACCUCAUUGGUGAAUUACUUCUUUAAACCCUGUUUGAGGACUACUAUGCUCUCAUUGUAUUCUCUGUAUUGACAUACACUGUGAAGCACACUGUCGUCACAGCUGAUAGAAAUACUUAACUGAAAGAGAGCCAUCAAACCAAAAUGAGCCUUGAAAUAAGCAAUUGAACUCUUUCUUUUACAUGUAAAAAGGGAAACAUCUUGUUCUUGAACUUGUUCUUAACUCUGAAACAGACGAGGCAGCUCUAUUCCUCCCAGACAUCCUCAAUGUGCACUGAAUUAUCCUCAGCUACAUUUCAAGGAUACAGCUGUGUAGUGUGAAAUGAAUGCUGAGCAAACACAGCACCCAUUUCAACGUAUUAGCUGAAACCCUAGCAAUCUGCUAUGUUAGCGAAUGCUAACUAUCUCCGUAUGGAAUAACAGGAAAUUCCUUGCUAGGUUUGUGUUUACCCUAUGGUAAUGGAGAGGAGGAAAUGAAAAGCCUAUUGGCUUUUAACUGGGAAUGUGGGUCAUAGAGAAUUGGAGGAUAAACGUUGGUUUAGCCUCACAAUAGCUCAGUAUCUCUUUACUUGUGACCAAUAUGCCUUCUCUGUCGGCCUUAUCAGCAUGCUACACUUCUCCGUUUACAUAUUUCUCAACAGAAACAUGCAUACUCUAUGAAAGGGGGGGAUACGCUGGAACUGUAGGAUGGCCUCACUGCAUGAAGAUAAUAAUUAUACUCAAAACCGAUAAGAUAUUAUUGCUCAAGAUGCAAGUAAUACUUUCUGUUUGUAAUUCCAGCUUCCAGUAGAUCAAGGUUCAACUAGUCUUAAAUUAACUUGACCUCAUACUGUGGAAUUAUAAAGUUAACCAUUUACGUCUUCCUCUGAAAAACACUUAAUUUCAGAAGGCCAAGUUUCUCAGAAAAUGUCUUAGAAAAUCAGUUCUUUCUUUCUUUCUUAGCAAAUUAAUACAUAUUUACACCAAACAACUGUGCAUGUCCAUCAAAAAAACAAUAUUUACAUGUGAGUACAUACAAUUUUUAACACAACAACCAAUUUGAGAGGGGACUGAAUGAAGCAAAGCGCUUAUGUUGUCCUGCCUCCUCUAUAUUAUUAUGUAUUAGAAACAGAGAAAACAUUUCAAGUCUGUUCUUUGCAUUAAAGUUGUGUUUGAAAGCACUUUUUCCAAUUCCAUAAAACUUGAAUAAAUUGAAGUGAAAGCCUCUGACUCAUGACCUCAGUCAGAAAUCACCUGCCUAAAUACCAGAUCUGUGUGAGAUAUGAGACACAAGCAGCCCUGUAUGAGUCUGUAUUUAAUCAGACUUUGCUGCAAAAGUCACUUAAUCCACAGAUGAAAUUUAAACUGGCUCAAAAAUUUAGUGUGUGCGUAAGGUCUUUAUCGAACGAUCCACAACAGACACAUACUGUACUGAUUUUCACAGCAAUCAGGUACCUGGAAGGAAUGUGUGUGUGUGUGCGCGUGUGCAUUACUUGAACCCCAAAUUCUUGAAGCAUCAAGUCUCUGAAAAAUGUGGAUGCUAAGACAACAGAACCUUAACAGCGAGUCAUUUACACAGAGAGAGACGUGCUCACAGGCUGGUAUGGAGGGAAUUGCAGGAUGUUGUGAAUCAGUAAUGACGCUGUAAAGUGUUCCUGAAACAUGAUAACAGCCACACGACUUCAGCUGGAGAUGUCUUGGUUCAUUUCAUGUGAACUUACUGGUGUUUCUAGCAAUCUUAGACUUUAUGCUACUUAUUCCAAAUGACCUUUAAAUAAGUCCUUUUGUUCAUCGACUCGAGAGAACGUGGUUCUUUUUUUGGCCUCAUUGCUAAUGACGGUUCAUGUCACUUUCAGUGAGUCCAGCUCAUGCAUAUCUAACAGAGCAGACACCCUUCAGUUUCAGGUAGAACAGUUAUCUCCAGCAAACAGAGCUGAAACUGUCUGCAUGUAAAAUACGCACUGGUUUGACUGCUUGGCUAUUUUCUGUCAUUGAAGCAGAUUUUUUUUUGUAAAUUAAUCCUUUAAUAUCAGUUUUUACAGGAUUUUUGAUUCGCUUAGAACCUGGUGUGAAAGUGAAACUUAAUGUUAACAAGCAAACGUGUCUGGACUUUGAGGCAGUUUAUCAGCUGUACGAUUUACUCAGUUUAUUAAUGUACUUUGAUAUUAUAGUCUUUCGCAGUAUGAGCCCAAAGAGACCAGGAGGUUUUUCAAUAAAACCACAUUCUCUAUGAGUCAAUUUUUGAAGAGAUGUAAGCUUGUAUGGCAAAGAAAACACUGAGUGGUGCUUUAAUGUCAGUUUAAUAAACCAUCAAACUGGAUCCUAACAUUGAAUUUCAAUCACUGAUAAUUCUGGAGGCAGCAUAUUUGACAUAAUUAACAUAUUUCCUCAUUAUAGCUAGUUUUGGGUCACAUGACUUCUUCUUCUUCUUCACAGCUAGUUAUGGGUAAUUUGGAGAAGUUUAAGCUUGUUUGAUUCGGAGAAAGGAUACCGUCACUCAGUUUCCAGUUGAUGGUGUCCACGUUACCUUCUUAGUCAUUCAUGGUUCACAGGAACUGACCAAACCUUUGACUCUAUUUUUCAGCUUUCUCUUUCACUGGUUUCCACACCUAAGGUACAUCAUGCAUACUUACAUUACAUUACAUUACAUUUCAGUACGGUACAGUAUAGUACUUGAGGUAUUUGCUAUGACCAACUCAACACCAGGUUGUAAUCAGUUGUGUGAUGUGCUCUUCUGUUUAUCUGUGUGUUCAAGUUGAACAGCUGCAUGAGUUCUCUCCAGAGUCCAUCGUCUUCUCUCCAAGACACAUCAAUCCCAAGGCAGUUUAAAAUGCAAAUGAUAUUAAUUUAUGAUUCAAAAAAUUUAAUCAUAUAGUUACAGUUAAGGCACAUUUUCUUUCCCUAUUCCACUCACUAAUCACUUUAAUGCUCUCUCUAACCCCCCUUGGUUACAAAAGGGUAAAGGAGUGAGCAGGAAAGGAUAGAAAAGGCUGAAAACAAACUGAACUGAAUCCCUGAUCCAGUUGUAUUCCUGCAGGUUUCCUGCUCUGUAGUGGCACAUACUCCAGUAGAGGGCAUCCUCUUUCCAAAAAUGAAAUUCCCAGUUUUCCUCUGAAGUCCCGGCCCCCGGCUAUGGGAUUCCUUUAAGAUUGAAAUUUUCCAGUUGAGGUCUUUGUUUCCCAAACAUCUGAUAAGGUUUUUGGCUUCACUAGAUUUACCUGGAAAGGGGUCCUUACUGGGUGCUUUUGAUAUUACAAAGCCCAGGGUCUUGGCUUUGCUUUGUAAGAAUCAUCAGUUUUGAUACAGGUUCACCAAGGUCUGUUAUAGCCUCCACUCAGUAAAAUGGGAAAAAACAACAUCUUUAUUUACCAUUAACCAAAGGAGGAACAGAUUGGAUCCUAAAAUGCCAUAAAGCUUUAGAUUCAGAUACAAAUUCCUGGGGGGGCUAAAUCCCUAACAGCCCCGUGACCCUUCUGACAGGACUGCUUUCAGUGGAAACACUGCUUAUCUCCACCUCUGUGGUGUCAGUUUUCGGCACAUACACUUAUGCUUUUAUAAGUGUGUUAUGUUAGAGUGGGAGAAGAAUAUACUGUGAAGCAUUCUGGAGGGGAGUUCCUCUGAGAUAAACUGUUGCACAAGAGCUUGUGAGCUUGUUUACAGCCUCUGGCUAACUGAAAUUUACUAGUCUUGGAUUGAGAGAUAGGAGUUCGGCUUGCAUCAUAAUAAGGAAUAAUGCUUCAGUAUGGGAAUGUCACAUUAUUUUAAUUCCUCUAGUUUAAGAUAGAGGAUUGGGCUGAGGAGUAGUGUGACCCUCAAUGGAAGUGUAAGUGAAACAGGGACAACCAGGGUACACCAAAACCCUCUCCUCAUGUUUUUUGGUCUCAGUUUAGUGAACAGAGCUGGAAAAACAACAGGCAAGCAGAGCAACGACCAAUUGUUUCAUUUGAAAUAAAAGUUUUCAGUAUCCUCUGGUGGAAUAUACACCUUGCUGUGCAGAGAAGGCUUUGUGACAGUAUGGUGAACAUAGGGAGAUAUUAUUUUGUUUUUUCAGGUGGUUGAGGUUGUGAUGGAAGAAAUCUGGACACCAUAUUAAAUCCUGGCUGAGGGCCCAGCUUUCAGCACCACAGCAGAAAUUCCAUUCACCUCUGAUGUGUUAAAGCGGAGGCAGAGACAGACAUCGUGGACGGAUACCUUCAAACUCUAUUUGCAUUACUAUUUAUGUUUCUGAGAAACAUAGAUGGUAAUGCAACUCUUUGACAGCAUCACAUACAGCAACUUUGUCCAAAGCCUGACUCAUAACAAGCACCACCUUUGCAGCAAAACUUCCUCAAAACUUAUGAACAUUUAAAACUCUUUAACUCCAAGCACAACCUGAACUAUACGAACCAACAGAACCUUUGGGAUCUCAGUAAGGACUUUAAACUAACCUUAGGAGGAAAAUGUAGAGGUUUCACUAUUGGACCAGAGUUUACGAGAGCAUUUCGAAACAGCUGUAAAGAGUUGUUUUUUUAUACACACAUGUGGCUGCAUAUCUAACAGAAUUCUGAAACUAACAUGUUCACCAUCUGACCCCCUCCAGUUGCAGAUUCCCACGCUCUGCAGUGGCAGCCACCCUUGUGUACCCGGCUGAAAUACGGGAAAUGAAAAUGUUUGAUUUUUCACUUGAGUAAAUGUACUAAUUUCAGAGGCAGGGGUUCCUCUUUUCUCAGGGUUGGCACAUGGCCACCCUUCAAAUGACACCAAAAAUGUGUGACCUGUCAUCAUCUAAAAUAAACCAAGGCCUUCAGCUGUAGCAGUGCAAAUGUGAAAUUGAGAGAUGGUAGGGUUUCAUGAGGAACUAUCAUCUCAAAACUACUUGUGCAUCUUGACUAUAACUUCUUAUCCCCUGAUUUUCUUUUAUAUACUUUAACAGAUUAUAGUAAAAAGUUUGAGCAAGUUAUUUAUUCUUUUGAGCUUAUUUCUCCUCUCGCUAGGUUUGACUAGGCGAAAGGCUGUAGUAUGUUGACACUGUUGUUUUAAUCAGAUAAGAAAGUAUGUUCCAAACCCUAAAACUAAGUCCCAAGAGCAGUAAACAAAGUGAUACUCAAGAGCAGUAUUACUUUAGCAGUACUAGUCAGGUAUGAAGCGCUGCAGAAACGCAGCAUUUUCUUUGCUUCAAAUUAUCCAGGACAUGCAACACAUCAUUCAUCUGCAUCUAAAGGUCAUUCAGGUAUUUCUACAGAUACAAACAAGGAUCACUCCCUUGGGUGUUCAUAGAUUUGUUGUCAGUUGUCGCCCAAAAUGUAAGUUAUUGUGUAAAACCUUGAAAAGAGAGAUAUUGAAAGUUGAAACUCCUCCCACACCUCCUUCACUCAAAUGUCUGUCUUUGGAAGGUAAAGAAAAACAUCAGAUUCUUCCUUUCAGUCACUGAUAAACAAUCCAAACAAACUCUACAGUGAUAAACACUGAGGGUUUGGUCGCUCAAAAGUACAAUAAAACAAGAGGGAAUUUUCCAGAUUGUUAUUCUGAAGGGACCAAGCAUUGCUUUGCUAGUAUGCACCUGUGCCAACUUUCACUCUCUGACACUGCGUUCUUUAGUUACACAAGAGUGAGUUAACCGAAAGUCUUGACUUCGUGUCUUCAGACUCUGAUGGCUCAGGAGAAUCUUGCGGUUUUAGGUCUUUCUUGAUGAAAUACAUUAAAGCC